UCAAGAAAAGCACCUUCAAGGAGAACAGCACACCCCCAAUGCCUCGAUCCCACUCUUUCUCUGUGCGUGGCAAAAUUUAGAAAAAAAAGAAAAUUCGCAUAUUUUUCACUGACAACAAAGUCGAACCCAUCACAGAUAAAACUCGUCAAGAAAAACCCAUGUAGUACUAUCGAUAAUGUAUAAUAAUUGAUCUAGAAACUCAAAGAAAGAAUUUUUAUUUUUUGAUUUGCAAUAAUGGAAUCUAGCAUUGAAUGCAUCUCAUCCUCUGAAGGGAUGAAUGAAGAUGAAAUCGCCCACCCCCAUCCAUAUUCUAGGUUUUCUUCUUCGAAACAAUCUAAUAAUCUCAACGGUAUGGUGAUUAAUCCCGCUACCAGUGUCCACGAGCUUCUUGAAUGCCCAGUUUGUACCAAUUCUAUGUACCCUCCGAUCCAUCAGUGCCACAAUGGGCAUACACUCUGUUCCACCUGUAAAGCUAGAGUUCACAACCGAUGUCCUACUUGUAGACAAGAGCUUGGUGAUAUAAGAUGUUUAGUGCUAGAAAAGGUGGCUGAAUCGCUUGAAAUUCCUUGCAAGUAUCGUUCCUUGGGAUGCCCUGAGAUCUUCCCCUAUUACAGUAAGUUGAAACACGAGGCUCUUUGUAAUUUUAGGCCUUACAACUGUCCCUAUGCUGGAUCGGAGUGCUCUAUUGCAGGAGAUAUUCAAUAUCUGGUUGCUCACUUGAAAGAUGAUCAUAAGGUGGAUAUGCAUACUGGAAGCACAUUUAAUCAUCGCUAUGUUAAAUCAAAUCCGCGAGAUGUAGAGAAUGCCACGUGGAUGCUGACUGUUUUCCAUUGUUUUGGUCAGUAUUUUUGCCUACAUUUCGAAGCUUUUCAACUGGGUACUGCUCCUGUUUACAUGGCUUUCCUCCGAUUCAUGGGAGACGAGAUAGAGGCUCGAAAUUAUAGUUACAGCUUGGAAGUUGGUGGAAAUGGUCGGAAACUUAUAUGGGAAGGCACCCCUCGUAGCAUCAGAGAUAGUCACAUAGAAGUUCGAGACAGCCAUGAUGGCCUGAUUAUACAGAGUAACAUGGCACUGUUUUUCUCGGGAGGAGACAAGAAAGAGCUUAAGCUUCGUGUAACAGGACGAAUAUGGAAGGAACAGACAAACCCAGAUGGUGGAGCAUGCAUACCCAAUCUCCGCAGUUAAGACUGCUCGUGCUCGAGUGUAUCUUCAACAUUCUGGAAAAGGUGUACGUGUAUCUGGUCAAGUUUUCAGUUCGUUUCCGAGCUUACCCAUCCACUUCUGCUGAUAUUGUAAGAACAACGCCAUCUACCUUGGAAGCUGGUGUCACUAUAUGUUUGUAUCCUUUUCACUUGCUAAUCAUUCCCACAAGCGGGCAUCCUCUCGUGCAAUAUGUAGAGAGUUUACAAAUUUGUGCUGUAUUCAGUUCAAGUAUUUUCUUUAUUUUGAAGGAAUGUUAAUUAUUCCAAACUGCAUUAUGUAUCAGUGUGCUAUUUGUUGGAAACAAAAUCAAAAGUAAAAUCAGCUUUUUUGAAAGUUAGAAA